AGCAUCUCCGCUUCAGUCCCAAACCAGGCCGAGACUGAGAGGUUCCUGUUGCAGGUCACAGCUGGACUAUUCAACACACUUUGUCUCUGUCGUUUCAUCAUGGAGGCCCAGCGGUAUCCCAUCAGUGUCCGCGUAAUUGGAGUGAUGCACAAGGAGAACAGCAAAAUGUACAUGACCUCCGUGCUUUGGUCCGACCAGAACGAUAUUGUAGUUUACAGAACUUUUGGGGAUUUCAAGAAAAUCCACAAACAAAUGAAGAAAGCAUUCCCAUCUGCAAAUAAACUGAAAAAGUCCAACAGAGUCAUCCCCACAUUUCGAGACAAAAGUAUUAGGCGGGGCAGCCGGAGGAAGGGCCCCACCAAGUCACUACUGCGCCUCAAGUUCUUGCAGAAAUAUUGUAACGAGCUUCUGAGCUGCGACCCGCGGGUCUCUCAGUCUGCAGACCUCAUCCAGUUCUUCCACCCCAAAGACCAGGACCUGCAGCCGGAGUUCGCCAAGAACAGCAUCAUGAUCAUGCCAUCAGACGAUGACAUCCCCGAUGCGAGACAGGGCAGCAGUGGGAACGUGACCCAGCCGUUUGUCACGGAGACGUACAGAUGCGUGGCCUUGUACGAGACCAAAGACACCAAGAACAAACCCUUCAAAGUGACGGUGGACGAAAAAGUAGACGUGCUCAUCAAAGACAAAGCAGGGUGGUGGCUUGUGGAGAAUGAGGACAAGCAGAUGGCCUGGUUCCCCGCCCCCUACCUGGAGAAGCUAGAUGAUGAUGAUGACGAUGGAGACGAAGAUGAAAUAGAUGGGACUCCUGAAAGAGGAAUGCUGUACACCGCAGUCAAGAGCUACAAGGCCACCAAAGAGGACGAGAUAACCGUAGCCAUGGGUGCAGUGGUGGAGGUCCUGCAGCAGUCUGACCACGGCUGGUGGCUCAUCAGAUACAAUGGUAAAGCAGGUUACAUCCCUACCAUGUACCUGCAGCGCUACAACUACCCUCAUAUCCACAUGACAGCCCUCCAUCAAAAUCGUCGCGGCUCCUCCCCGCUCCAAGUCCCCUCCCCGAGCCUGGAACAGCAGUCCCACCUCUUGAGCCGCUCACAAGGAAACCUGCUACAACUUCCACUUGUCAGGUCCUCCUCACCCCGCCCGCCCCAAACAGACAGCAGGCAGAGAUCGCACUCUCUCAACAUCCUGUCUGAACAACCUCCUGCUCAGCCUGCAGCAAGCACCACUGCCUCUGCUACCACCACACCGAUGACCGCAAAGCACGAUCCUCCACCCACAAUCACGGUGGAGAUGGACGGAGCCAAAGAGCAACGUGGCAGAAGCCUGACAGGAGAUAGCGAGGGAAGCCUUGUGAGUGACAGCAGCUUCAGCGACGACCUCAGUGACGAACUCAGUUCGUCCUCAGCGAGCUCAACCUUCAACCUGAGUUACAGCGCCAAUGACGACCGGCUGCGUCUCAGCCGUACGCCCCCCUUGGUGAGCAACCGCCUCACCCCAACAAGCGGCUCAGAGGGGAAAAUGAUCCCCAGCGUCUCCGAUCCCAACCUCUACAAGGGCCCCAAAACACCUAAGGUGCCACCCAGACCGCAAGCCCAGGAGAUCCUCACCCGGUGUACCACUGUCACCCGCAAGAACGCAAGCAGAGGCACUCUGUCACCCACACAAACUGAGAUACUGAGUCGAUAAAGUUGCUAUUGAUACCAAUGUCAGCUUUAUUUUUAUUCCUAAGAAACCUUAUAGACUCUGUGGCCUAAGGACGGAGUGUUUAGAAAUGUAGUUGCAGAAUAGUUCCAUUAUAUAAUGAAAGAAUUAAGAGCCAUUGCACCAGAUAGUUAUGAAGUUGUGCCAACAUGAUUUUUUUUUCUAGUGAGGUUGACAGGAAUGUGACUUGUCAAACUGUCUUGUUAAUGUUGUUUGCAUGAUCUCUGACGAGUACACCAACAAGUAUGCAGAAACUGUACAAUGUACAAAGACCUUGCUUACGUCAGCAAAAUCACUAUAUAGAUGAUUAAUCAGGAUAUGCGAAACACUUAUAAUGCACCUCUUUACUGUUUUGAAUUAUCAUUUAUUUUCCAUACUGGAAACCUUGUGUUGUGCCUUAUAUGCAUUUUGACUGUGCUGAUGGCACAAAGGGAGAUUUGUUCUUGUGACUGUAGCAAAAGUAAAUGUUUGUCUGAAAUACCAGAGUGUGCAGACCGUUCUAUUUCCUGCUAAAGUGUGUAAUUAACCCUGAAUAUAUGCUCUUAUCUGACCAUGUAAAUUCUGGGUGCGUUCAUGUUACUGAAUAGCUUGACACAAAUAAAAGCAUUUUUGGGGAACUUA